CACCACGAGCACGUUCAAAGUCAAUCUAAAUGACUACCAUCGACAGCGAGAAGAACAAUUUAUUAAAAAAAAAACCAGAAAAAUACUUUGUGUAAUCAGUUAAAGAGAAUUGCUGUGUUUUUUUCAUAAAGUACGAUUUUGAGGGAAAAGUUGGCUUCGGAAAGCAACUACAGUAUAUCUAAAGCUGCAUUUAGGCUCGCUGCGGGUGAAACCGGUAUGCCCAAAGCAAUUACAGAAUGACUCAGGACGUGGAGAUGAAGACGGAGACGGAGACGGAGAUGGAUAUCGAGAUGAAGGACUCACCUGCACCCGCCAAUUCCAACUCCUCCACGUCGGUGGUGACUCAUCUGAAGAACGUGGCGGCAUUGAUAGAGAAAGGGGUGGUGACAAAGGAGGUGCGCCUCAUGAUUCGUGGGAUACGGCACGUGAUAACUCUGCGGAGGAGGAUUAGGGCAACUCACCUUGUCGCUUUCCUGACCCACCUUCUUCCAGCCGCCUCCGACGUCUCUUCUCGCCUCCUGCCCUAUUUUCCUAAGGAAGAAGAAAAGGAUAUGGAGGUUGAUACACCCUCAGCUACAAAUCAAGUUGUUUCCUCCAAGCAAAAUAUUCUUCCGGAGUUGGAGAUAUUUGCAUACUUGCUGGUAUUAAUAUAUUUGAUUGACCAAAAACAAUACCAUGAGGCCAAAAGAUGCUCUUUGGAUGCCAUUUCUCGUUUGAAGCAAUUAAAUCGAAGAACACUUGAUGUUUUGGCUGCUAGGUUGUACUUUUAUUACUCGUACAGCUAUGAGCUGACAGAUUCUCUUGUUGAAAUACGAGGUACUCUUCUUGCUUUGCACCGCACAGCAACUUUGCGUCAUGAUGAGCUGGGACAGGAGACAUUGCUGAAUCUCUUGCUUCGAAAUUACUUACACUACAAUCUUUACGAUCAAGCAGAAAAACUGCGUUCAAAAGCUCCACGGUUUGAAGCCCAUUCAAAUCAACAGUUUUCCCGGUAUUUGUACUACUUGGGAAGAAUCCGGACAAUACAGCUAGAGUACACUGAUGCAAAGGAGAGUCUUUUGCAAGCAGCUCGUAAGGCUCCAGUAUCAGCUCGUGGCUUCCGCAUUCAAUGCAAUAAAUGGGCUGCUAUUGUUCGCUUGCUCCUCGGUGAAAUUCCGGAGAGGACAACUUUUAUGCAGAAUGGAAUGAAGGCAGCUUUGAGGCCCUAUUUUGAACUUACAAAUGCUGUUCGUAUAGGUGAUUUAGAACUUUUCCGUAGGGUCGCGGAUAAGUAUUCGAAAACCUUCAACACUGAUAGAACACAUAAUUUGAUUGUUCGAUUGCGCCACAAUGUGAUAAGAACUGGACUGCGCAAUAUUAGUAUCUCCUACUCACGAAUUUCUCUUGCUGAUGUUGCUGCCAAAUUAAGGCUGAACUCAGAUACCCCUGUGGCAGAUGCUGAAAGUAUUGUUGCAAAAGCAAUCCGUGAUGGUGCUAUUGAUGCAACCAUUGACCAUGCAAAUGGAUGGAUGCUUUCUAAAGAGACUGGUGAUAUCUACUCCACAAAUGAGCCUCAACUUGCAUUCAACUCCCGGAUAGCUUUCUGUCUCAACAUGCACAAUGAAGCUGUGAAGGCUUUGCGCUUCCCUCCAAAUGCACACAAAAAGGAGAGGGAGAGUGCUGAAAAACGCAGAGAAAGGCAACAGCAGGAGCAAGAACUUGCAAAGCAUAUUGCUGAGGAAGAUGACGAUGAGUUUUAGAUUAGAAUCUUGAGGAGUAAAUUAAAUAGUUCCAUCUGAAGUUUGUGAAGAGUUUCAGAUAUUGAUUUGAGUGUAAGGUCCAUAUGGCUUCACUUAAAAAGAUGAAAACAGGGAUUUGGACAUUCUUCUUAAUCCGUACUAGAUUGAGCAAAUUUGUCACUACAAUUUGGUGACUGAGCCUGCAUUAUUUUCUACAUUGAUUUUGAUUGCAGAAAGAUUCAUUGUGUAGACAGUAGGAAUUGUCUGAACACGGUAUUUAUUGCAUUUGUUUUGGCACAAUUGCUUGUAGGCACAAUUUUUUUUAUUAUUAUAUUCAACUAUGAAAAGGAGGUUGUGCCAUGCCUUUUUUUUGCUUGCUCAAGCAUCUCAGGAUUGUUUGUUUUUCUGGUGAAAUUUGCUAUCAGUGGGGAGUGUUGAACAAUGUGUCAUAUAUAUAUAUAUAUAUAUUUCUUGAAUGAUUGUAUGA